GCGGGAGCUCUGCCGUAAACUUGUCGUUGGGGCGUAAAAUGCCGUGAAGCCCGGCCGGCUGGGCCUGCGGGCGGUGAGAGUGACCGGCCCCGGCUCCCCCGCACUUAUAUGCCCCGUCCCCUGGCGGCCGCCUCCCCCUCCUGCUCCAUGUGGGGCCCGGGCCUCGGUGUCUCCCCCGCCUACUAUGGCCAGGAAAACAGUUAGCAGGAAGCGGAAAGCGGCGGCUGCCACUGCGGCGGCGCCCGGAGGGCUCCGGGGGGAGCAGUAUGGCUGGGAUCACUCAGCUCACAAAAGGAAAAGACUCCCCCCAGUAAAAAAGUCUCUGGUGUACUAUCUGAAAGGCAGAGAGGUUCGGCUGCAGAAUGAAUCCAGCUACCACCGUUUGUUGCAUGGAUAUGCAGCACAGCAACUUCCCAGUCUCCUGAAAGAGAGAGAAUUUCAUCUUGGAACCCUUAAUAAAGUUUUUGCGUCUCAAUGGUUGAACCACCGACAAGUGGUGUGUGGGACAAAAUGCAACACACUGUUUGUGGUAGAUGUCCAGACUGGUCAAAUUACGAAGAUUCCUAUUCUGAAAGACCGAGAACCUGAUAUGGUAAACCAGCAGGGCUGUGGGAUUCAUGCAAUUGAGCUAAACCCUUCGAGGACGCUUUUGGCUACAGGAGGAGACAAUCCAAAUAGCCUUGCGAUUUAUCGUCUGCCUACGCUUGAUCCUGUCUGUGUGGGAGAUGAUGGACACAAAGACUGGAUAUUUUCUAUUGCCUGGAUCAGUGAUACUAUGGCUGUUUCUGGUUCCCGGGAUGGCUCGAUGGGUCUCUGGGAGGUGACGGAGGAUGUGUUGACUAAAAGCGAUGCCAGGCACAACCUCUCCCGAGUCCCUGUCUAUGCUCACAUAACACACAGGGCACUGAAGGAUAUCCCCAAGGAGAACACCAAUCCAGACAACUGUAAAGUCCGAGCACUGGCAUUCAACAAUAAGAACAAGGAGCUAGGAGCUGUGUCCCUGGAUGGGUACUUUCAUCUUUGGAAAGCAGAGCACACGCUAUCAAAGCUACUGUCCACCAAGUUGCCGUAUUGCAGGGAGAAUGUGUGUCUGGCCUAUGGUCAGGAGUGGUCAGUGUAUGCAGUAGGAUCUCAGGCACAUGUCUCCUUUCUGGAUCCAAGGCAACCUUCCCACAAUGUUAAAUCCGUCUGUUCCAGAGAACGAGGCAGUGGAAUUCGGUCAGUGAGCUUUUAUGAGCACAUUAUAACAGUGGGAACAGGGCAGGGUUCCUUGUUGUUUUAUGACAUCCGAGCCCAAAGGUUCCUGGAUGAGAAGCCCAAUCACACCUGCCGUGGACAAAAACAGAAACUCGGAGGAAGUGAAAUUUUAAAGCUGACGACCGGGAAAGGCUGGCUUAAUCAUGAUGAAACCUGGAGGAAUUACUUUUCUGACAUUAACUUCUUCGCAAAUGCUGUUUACACCCACUGCUACGACUCGUCUGGAACGAAACUCUUUGUGGCAGGAGGUCCCCUUCCAUCAGGACUCCACGGGAAUUACGCUGGUCUCUGGAGCUAAUGAGAACUCUUCCCAAAUGCGCAUCUUGACGCUGAUUUCCACCUUGUCUUUCCUUUUUUAACAAAGAAAUUGUGUGAUGACAUUGUUUUCUGGUUUAAAUGCAAGUUAUUUUUGGCAGAGUUUUCUGUUGGUCGUCAACAGUUUUGUACAUCUUUUUUUUUUUUUUUGAACCAGAUUUUGCUUUAACUUCCUUGAUCCUUUAUAUGAAGGGUUUUUUAAAAAUCCCUUUUUAUUGUAUUUACUCCAAGUGACUCUUCCCUGUAUAGGCUAACUCAGCCAUAUGCCCCCUACUUUGCUGUGAGGUAGGAUUCCUUUCUUAUAGAGUGGUUGCUGCCAGGCUUUCUGUGAAAGUCCAGGGGCUGUGUGUAUGCAGGUACUUUGUGUCGGUUACGUUACUUGGAGUGAGGACUACUUGUAAUUAAAACUAUUAAAAAUAUUUAUGAGAUAAGCUACUACUUUAUCUGCAGAGCCUGGCUCAGGCCUGGCUUGGUUUUUUUUUUAAAGUACAAGUCUAAUGACACUGUAUGCAUAAAGGAAAAUGUAUCAAAACCAUACUCAUUGGAACCCAGGAACAGAGCACCACCAGGAACAUCUUAUCUAGCCCAGAGUGUAGCAAGGACCCCCAAGCCUGGCAUCCCAAGAGUGCCUGAGUACAAUGACUGUCUCUUGUUACCCCUUCUCUCUCUCUCCUGAGUGUCAGUUGGCAAGGUUGUUGGAGCUUCAGAGUAGGCUGCCUAUACUGCAGUGGGGGUAUUGUGUGACAUGACAGCUGUUAGGAUGGUGGACUGCAGCCGAUUGAGGCACUAAGGGAAAUGGCAUCCCAGGAGGAGACGGAUUUGCAUGGUGGCUAACCUAAUUCAAUCUGAUUAACUUCCAGACUAGCUGGGGGCCCUCUGGGUGGCUGGGGCUGGAUGGCAGGGAGGAGCCAGGACUCGGAUACCUGGAGUCUGCCUAAAGACACACACCUCUUCCAGGCUGGAGACUUUUUUCCCCCCCCUCUUGUAGCAUUUCCCCUCUUGCAGUUCUCCCACCAGCAGUGAGUAAUGUUGGCAGGAAUGGUUUUUGCUAGCCAGUCAUUGCUAUUAAAGUUGAUGGGCAGGGAGAUGUUAUGCUAAUAUGUUCAUAUUUUUUCCCCUCCUGACCUUUGGAAGGAGAGUGGUAUAUGCAGUUGUUUGAUGCUAUUAGCAAAUACAGUUGUCUUCCGCUUUAAUGACUGUAGGCUUCAUUUUCUAAUGCAGGUUUGAAACUUACCAGCUAGCUAGACUUUGUGUUCAACUCAUCAUGUUAAGAAAAGCACAGGCUGUCACUUGGAUUUUAUAGGAGAGACUCUUCCCGCCACCCCCCCCUCAAGCACCUAGCUUAUUGUUCAGUCCUUCUUUGGACUUCACCAGGAGCUGUGGGUGCAGGAUGACAGUUUGGAUACGCUUCGCGAACAAAAUACAGGCUCAGUCAUGGAGGGAUUGUGCAUUUCUGGUGAGAAGAGAUGGUCUUGUGGCUAAAGCACAGGGUUAAGCAUUGGAUUCCUUGUUUCUCUUCCUGGCUGUAGCUGCUGUUGCCCUGUCACUUCAUGUCUCUGUGCCUCACUGUGCAGAUCUGUAAUACGAGGUUAAUAGCACACAUGGCACCUGAGGUUUAAUUUCUAACUUGAGAUUAUCAGACAAGACAUGGUAGAAGUGCAGGCUUUCCCCCCACAUUCUGAUUGCAUGUCAGGGUUAAGGAAAGGGUCGUCCCAUAUGCACACUGGGAUUUGAAGUAUAGGCCUGACUUGAUCACUUUGCAAACCAAGAAAUUUUACUACUGCAUUCCAAACUUCUGCUAGUGGGUUGGUUGCUUAAAAUCUGCAUCAAAGCAAAAAUUUAAAAAUAAAUAUGGUUUUAUUACACUGUUUCCAAGUAGUAGCUGUUAAAUUAUAGGGCUGUAAAUGAAGUAGUUCUCUCAGAACUUCCGUUGUUAAACGAAUGUAAAGAUUCUAAGUAUUUUUUUAUACUGUCACCAGUCACAGUUCCAUGAUGGGAACAUAUUGCUUUUGGGAUUUCUUUUAUGAAUGUUUGGCAGGGCAGAGAUGUAGCAUUUCACUCUGCUCAGAAAUAUGCAAAGGAAAAUAUUUAUUUAAUCUACAUGAAAUAUGGUGACACUUCAUCUCUGUGAAGGAGUAGUCUUAAAUCCUGUCUAAGAUCAUUCUCUCUUCUACUGAUAUGUUCUGCAUUCUGUUGGGGUGUGUUUUAUUCCCAGGCAGGUCCUGUUGUUUGGGGUCAGAUUUGCAAAGGCACUGAGCACUCGGCUCCAGCUGACAUCUCUGAGAGCAGAGCUCAGCUGUGUUAAAGUUGAGUCCACAAUGUUUAGUAACAUUUUAAAUACAUUUUUUUUUUUAAUGCUGAAGGAAGCCUUUUGGUCUUGAAAUCUAACUCCCUUUAUAGUUAAUCUUGUUAAUUUAAAACUCAUUUGUUUGUAGCUUUGAGUCUUUGGGGAAAUUGUUCUCUCCAGGUGAUUUUAAGCAUUGUCCAAUGUAGAUGUGUUGGUGUUAAGGGAACAUCAAUUUAAAAUUAGUCAGUUUCGUUGUGAGGGGAGGGGGACGUGGAGAUGAUGUAGUUUCAAGUACUGCAUUUGCUCCUGAGCCUUCUGCCAGUGUGUUGUAGUCCUAUUGGUGACUGUUUCCUGUUUUGGGGGGGGACUUUUUCCCUUGCAUGGAAAGCCCACACAAACAAGGUAAAUGGAAUAUACAUCUAGUGCUGUCCAAUGCAAAAAGAAAACUGGGAAAUACUUUUCUUAGUAAUUGUGUGUUGCUUUUAACAGUAAUAGAUUAAAACACUGGUCUGAAACUUUAUAAGUAGCUGUCCCUUGAAGAUGGGAUGCCUUACUGUGAUGUGAUCCUGAGUAUCCAAAGUCAAAUAUUUCUUUUGAUCCAUUGAGCAGUUAUGGAAACAGAGACUGGGAGGGGAAGUGACUUGCCAAAUGUCUCACGGUAAAUCAGAAGUAGAAACAGGAAAAGAACCUAGGUUUCCUGAUUUCUAGUCUGUGCCUGUUCCAUUGCACUAUGCUGCCUCGGCCACACAGUUUUAGAUUUAAAAUUGAAAUACCAGAACAUGGCGGGGGGGAUAGUAGCACGUAGGGAUCCAAAUAUGGGUCACUGGUUUGCUGGUACAGCAGUGGGGAGGCUGAGAGCCCAGCCAUAGAAGUGGGUGUGAAGGCAAAGCUCCCAUCUCUCAAGCAACAAUAGAGAAACCCUAUUGGGGGUGAAUCUGGCCUGACUAGAUUUCGAUAGCUUUAAAAUAGGGUACGGAAACCCAGUGGUGGUCUCACUUUGUUUGUAGACUAGCAAUUUUUCCAAGUGCUCAAAGUCAGAUAUCUUAGCGACCUUUUUUUUUUUCUUCCUCCCUCAGAGUUGCUUUGAGGGAAAAUAAGGUUCUUAAGGAUCAUUCAAACAGACCAGCAUUUUUCUGAUAUUUGACAUUAUAUUAACAUGGUAUCCUAUUUGCAUUGUAAUGUCUCAAGCAGUUUAUUUGAUCAUCCAGCACUUUUUGUAAGGCUGCUAUACAAAGCAUGGCAUCCUUGAAGCAUCAUAUGCAUUUGUUCUAAUGUGGCAGAUUUAAUAAUUUAACAGUGAUGGACCCAAUAGCAGCCAACUCAUGAGUACUGAGUGGCAACUCUACAGCAACUAGCCAGUGUGCUCAUGAUAAGAGAGAACCCAUUUCUAUUUCUUUUUCCUAAACUGUCCAACUUUUUCCACCAUCAAGUUCAGCGUUAUUCCCCAGGCCAUUUUUCUAUUAAUCCCUCCAACCUUAGUCCAUCAUCUCAGUCUGUCCUGCCAGCCAAGGAAGCUUGACACAGCUCUCUGCAGCGUUGCUCUGAGGGAGCUAGAGGCCACGUUAGACCAAGCAGCCUCCUGUUAGAGGCUGAGUGUGUUACCACCCCAGCUCAGGAGAGCCACAGGCCAAGCACAAGUUUCACUGAGAUUCAUAGUUUGUGUUAAUCCUGGGCGAGUUCCAGUGGUCCCAAAGAUAGUAUAUUUCUAAGCUAUUUAAAAAACCCACUUAAGACUGGUCUAAUUCAACACUCAUUGAGGUCAAUGAAAAAAUACAUUAUUCUAAUAAUCCUUGACUGGCAGUUUUCAUACCUUCAGGAGUGAGUCACUUCCAUCUAAACCUUGCUCCCUGAAGUGCUGCUCUUGUGAGAAGUUUGUAGCUGCAAAGUCCCAGAGAAGACGUGUAUUUUUCGGACACCCAUCUUUGCAGUGGUAUCAAAGAAGCUCUGAGAGUGACUCAUCUCAAAUUAGCAAAGAGUCCUGUGGCACCUUAUAGACUAACAGACGACGAAGUGGGUAUUCACCCACGAAAGCUCAUGCUCCAAAACGUCUUAGUCUAUAAGGUGCCACAGGAUUCUUUGCUGCUUUUACAGAUCCAGACUAACACGGCUACCCCUCUGAUACUUCAUCUCAAAUUGAAUCUCCAUCUGACAAUGUUGCAUCUGUUGGCAAAAGUAACUGCAGGGCUUCCUAAAACAAAGGAUCAAUUUUUUUUUUCAGAUUGUCGUGGAUUUUACAGCAGUUCGUGAAGUGUUGGUUUCACUGUGGCAUUGGUGAUCAGUUGCAUCACUCCCAUGCUCUAAUCUUAGGGCAGAGUGGGGGAGAGGGGAAAGUAUUCACACUCUGCUCUAGGGGCAGUUUGUGCAUGCUGUUCUCCUUGGUCUGCAAGUAGCAGCAUCAGCAGCAUAGGGGCAGGCAGGAGUGUGCACAGAAAGGAGGGCAGGUUUGGUGUUCCCCUCAGAACCACCCAGAACUUCUAUUUAAAGGAGAAACUUGCUUUUUAGUUUAAAUAAAAAAAAACAACCUUAGGUUGAUAUUGGCCCUUUAUGUGGAAUCUAUUCUGGCUGUUUUCCAUGUGCUUGAAUUUAUUGCUUGGGAAUUAGGUAAUCCUUGUAGCUUCAUCUGUGCUGGGUCUCCUCAUCAAAAUUGGAUACUUAAAAAUCCUGUAUUAGGUACUUCAAAAAAAAAAAA